AUGCCCGUUGGUCUUGGACAGGGUCUUGUUCGAUUGCUCCAAUUCAGCGGAGUCCUUUCAGCCGAAAACCCCACUAAACAUCAGCUAUCACACUGGGAAACUGUUGUGAAAGACUACUUCACUCCGAAGGCUAUAAUGAAAUUCACCUUAUGGAAAGAUAACCAGCGGAAUGAAGCAAAGCCUUUCGAGAUCGGCGUCCCCAUACUGCCUCGAUUUUUUCUAGUUACCACCCAAUCCGGCGUCAAAUCCAUGACACUCUCACUAGAUGGUGCCAGAGAACGGCUACUCUCACAACACCAUGCGGUAGUGGAGUGUGUUGCAGCUGUUUGGACAUACCGAUACACCAACGGGUACACAGUCACACUUCGGGGCCCGCUCACAGUCCACGUUCUCCUCAUUCCUCACCCAAACACCGCCCCCUCCCAAACACCGCCAUAUUCCCUCAAAUUUGAUCACCUCCAAUUCGAUGCAAAUCUUCACGAAAAAUUUAUCGCAUUGGAUUCGGUAAUGGGUCACAGGCAAUCGGAGUCACCGAAGACGCCACGCGUGAGGACGGCACCGACGCCAAGUCCGAAUGGGACGGUGAUGCAUAGGAUGGAUGAUGAGAGGAUAUGGGAAGAACCCAGAGUCAUGAUCGACCAUGCGUCGAUACCGGGAGAACCUGUGAACGCAUUUGGGAUUCCCCAAGCCACGAUGCGAUGUCUGGAGGUAUGUACUUUUCGGCUCCGCGUUUUUCUUUGCUGA